GGUUCUGCCUGUUGCUGGGGCGGCAGGGAACCGCCGCUCUGCUGGGCUGGCGCAUUGCGAGGGGAACGGUGCUGUGCCCUGCCAUUCUGCCCAUUCUUCCCAGGUGCCCCAGUGGUGUGCAGAACAAGCCCUCUCAGUGCAGUUUGCCCAUGGCCGGGUGGUCUGCACCCAGCCACAUAGUUUGGCAGCCCUCAGUCUGGCAUUGCGCGUGGCAGAUGAGAUGGACCUCAACGUGGGCCAUGAGGUUGGCUAUUGUGUGCCCUAUGAGGACUGCUGCGUCCCAGAGACCCUGCUCAGGUUCUGCCUGGACGAAGUCCUGUUGCAAGAGAUGACGUCGGACCCGCUGCUGCGGCAGUACGGGGUGGUGGUGCUGGACGAGGCUCAGGAGCGUACCGUGCCCACGGAGCUGCUGCUGGGGCUGCUAAAGGACGUGCAGCACCAGCGCCCGGAGCUGCGCCUGGUGGUGGUGACCGAGCCCCUCCUGGAGGAGCCGCUGCGUCAUUUCUGCCAGGAUGCCCCCGUGGUGCGGGUCCCGGGGCUCGGCCCGGCCCCAUGCCUGACCUACAGGGAGCCCCGCCCAGGGGGGCACAUCCCUGCCACCUGCCAGGCUGUGCUGGAGCUUCAUCGGCAAAAGGAGGUUGGCGACGUGAUGAUCUUCGUGGCCAGCGAGCAGGAGAUCAGUGAGUGUUGCGAAGCCCUCCAGACAGAGGCUGUGACCUUGGAGCCCAGCCUGGGACCCCUGCUGGUGCUGCCCCUGCACCCGGCCGUGGGGAGGGACAUUCAGAAGUUGUAUGAGAACAGCCUGGGUGACCGGGCACGCCGAGUCAUUGUCACCCACUGGCUGGCCGAUGCAGCCUUCUCUGUGGGCAGCGUCAGGCACAUCAUCGACACGGGGAUGGAGCUGCGCAACGUGUACAACCCACAGAUCCGGGCUGCAUCGCAGGAGUUGCGCCCCAUAAGCAAGAGGCAGGCAGAGGCCCGGCGGCUCAGGGCUGCUGGUGUCCCUCCAGGAACCUGCCUGCGCCUCUAUUCAGAGGCCUGCUACGAGCAGAGGCUGCCAGCCGUGUCUCCCACCCACCUCAUGGAGGCCGACCUUCGCCGCCCCAUCUUGCUGCUGAAGAGGCUGGACAUCGCAGAUGUGGGCCAGUGUGAUUUUCUCGACAGGCCAGCCCCCGAGUCUCUGAUGCAGGCCCUGGAGGACCUGGACUACCUGGCGGCCCUGGAUGAUGAUGGGAACCUUUCCGAGGUGGGCAUCAUUAUGUCGGAGUUCCCUCUGGACCCCCAGCUGGCCAAGGCCCUCCUGGCCUCGUGCGAAUUUGAUUGCGUGGAGGAGAUGCUGACUCUGGCCGCCAUGCUGACGGCCUGGCCGUGUUUCCAGACCCCGGCUACGCGCUGGGAGGAUGCUGUGGUGGCCCGGCGGCGAGCCCUGCUCCAUCCCGCAGGGGACCAUUUCACCCUCAUCAACGUCUUCAACGCAUUCCACCAGCAGAGCGACCCAGAAAGCUGGUGCCGGAAGCACGCAAUAAGCGAGGCAGCCCUGCAGCUGGCCGGAGCCGUGCGGACAGAGCUCUUGGACGUGAUGCAGCGAAUUGAGCUUCCGGUCUCCCCACCGGCCUUUGGCACCAACAGCAACAUCCUGCAGCUGAAACGAGCCCUCCUCACGGGCUUCUUUCUCAAGGUCGCCCGGGACAUCGAUGGCUCAGGCAACUACCUGCUGCUGACGCACAAGCACUUGGCCCAGCUGCCCCCCGGCUGCUGCUACCGGCUGCGCCACCCACCCCCACGGCCCCCCUCCUGGGGGCUGUACCACGAGUUCACCAUCUCCCAGGACAACUGCCUGAGGAUUGUCUCUGAGAUCCAGCCAGACUUCGUGGCUGAACUAGCCCCCCAGUACUUCCUGACCAAUUUGCCCCCCAGCGAGAGCCGGGACUUGCUGAUGGAGCUGCGUGGGAAGCUGGCAGGAGAUGCGGAGUUACCUGCCCCCCUCUCAAGUCAAGGGGAGAGCCCCCAGGCCCCCAGUGCUGCUGAGGACGGGGAGGAUUCCUGUGUGCUGCAGUGACUGUGGAGAGAGAGAGGAAGAUGGGCUCGGCGGAGCCGCGUUGCCCCUCCAGGAGAGCGAAGGCCUUGGGCCUGCCAAGAGUUGCCUGGGUUUCCCCCAGCACACAACUCAGGCUGUCCAAAUGCCUGCCAGGCUUUGGGAAGAGGGCAGAGCAGGGGCGUUGCCACCCUGAGCGGCGGGGCCCCAAAUUGGCCGCUUUGGGGAUCAUGCCUUAGCUGGGCAUGCUUGGACGGUAGAGGGUAAGAGGCGGCCUGGGCAUCUGGCUGUCUUGCAGCCCUAUCCCUCUGGCCACUGCUCCUGCUCCCGUCUGGGCAGAGACGGCUGGCUGUGGGUCUGCUGUCUAGUGGUGCCAGGAGGUUCUCCACUGGGUCUGAAUAACCUUUCUGCCCCCACCCCGUUCCUCGGGCAGCUGGGUCUCCCUCAGCUCUCCUUGGUGUCUGAGGUUGGCAGCCUCGGCGAGCAGCAGGGCUGCUUUCACCUCUCCACUGGGGGGUUGUGGCAGGCCCCGGAGACCCCCAUAGCACUCUUCUGCUCAGUAGGGGAAGAAGCUGCCAGCCCCCCCAAUUCUCCAAAGGGGCCCUCUCCCUUUUUCUCAGAAGCAGUGUGCUGGGAGGGGGCUUUUGUUGUCCCGCCCAUUCGCUUUCAGCUUCAACUGGAGGUCCCCGCUGAGCUGUCUUCAGUGUCUUUGUUAAUUGUGGAGGGGUGGGGGAGAAGCCUGGGCGCGGCCCUUGCCUUUUCUGUAUGUGCCUAAAAAGCAUUUCCUGCGCCCUUGGGAACAGUGGGCAUGCGUCCACUUGUGGGGCAGACCCUAGCAGGCUCCAUAGGGCCUGGGCUUGCUCUCCCCCUGCUGCCCCGGACGAUCCUAUCUGCAGGGAUUAAAUUCUUUUAAACAUCCAAA